AACUCCAAAUAAAUGGCUGAAUAAAUAUUUUGUCAACAAAAUUAAUUUCAAUGUAGAUUUUAUCUAUUAUUAUCUUACGGACUAGUGGCGUGUGAAAUAAAUAUACAUAUUCUUUUAUGCGAAUGCAGAAACCAGGAUGUCAGCAGAUGACGAGGGUAGGCAUAUAGAGAAUGGAAGUGAUGAAGAACAACCAGAAGAUGAAAGAAGACACACUCCUACAAUAUCACCAAGAUGUGGUCAUAUAACACAUUGUGUUGGAAUGAAUGUUUUAGUAUGGGGAGGUUAUAAGGAGGAUGGACAGGAACGUUAUUUACCACCAGAAGAUGUGUGGGUUUAUAAUUUAGAAUUAGAAAUCUGGUCUUGUCAUAGAACAAAUGGUGAUGUACCCCCUGGUAUGUCAGGAUGUUGUAGUUGUAUUUACGAUAAUUAUUUAUAUAUAAUUGGUGGUCAUAGUAUUAACGGCAACUGUAACUCCAUUUAUAAAUUAAAUUUGAAAGAUUUAACAUGGAGUCGUUUGAUAGUUCUUGGUGAAUUGUUCAGUCCGAGAGAUAAAGCUACAGCUUGGUAUCAUAACGAAAAAAUCUAUAUGUUUGGAGGAUUUGGCGUUCCAAUCAUUGAUUAUUUAGAUGAUCAUGGUUCAUUUGAACUUGAUCCUAGCCUAGAAAUGUCAUAUAUAAGAAACAGAGGUUGGAAUAAUCAGUUGUUAGUUUUUGAUGUUGUUGAUGAAAUAUGGUCAAAUCCUAAAUGCAAGGGAGUAACCCCUUACCCAAGAGCUGCCCAUGCCUCAGCAAGACUUGGUGAUAAUGUUUAUAUAUUUGGGGGAAGAUUUCUUCUAGAUAGAUUAAAUGAUUUACACUGUUUAAAUUUAUCUACUUUAACAUGGAGUGGAGAAUUAACAGUAGGAAGUAAUGUACCAUGUGGUAGAUCAUGGCACACCCUUACUGCUGCCUCUAAUAAAUAUAUGUUUCUAUAUGGUGGAUACACACAGGAUAACCAACCACUAAGUGAUGCAUGGGUACUUGAUGUCAGUACGUUACAGUGGACACAACUAGAUGUACCUGACACUAGACCUAGAUUAUGGCACACAGCUUGUUUAAGUAGUCAACAAGAUAUUGUUAUAUUUGGUGGCUGUACAAACAAUAUAUUAGAUCAACGGCUACCAUCUAUUCAUACCAAUGAAGUAAUUUUGUUUCGACUUAGCCCUAAAUGUCUUCAAAGAAUCUGUUUUGAUGUUGUGUUUAAUUUGAGAGAAAGGACUCAAAAUGAUUGGGACAGUUUACCGUAUAAUAUUAAAAAUAUGCUUGAAAAUAAAGUCAAGUGUAUUAAAAAAAAACAUCUCUGCAAACGACAGGAAGAAUCCCCACAGAUAGAAAUAAGCCGUUCAACUUCAAGUUGUGUAUUAUCUUGAAAACAAAAAAGUUACAUUUAUAUACCGUAAAAUGCCCUACUCCUUCCAAUCGCCUUUCCCACAAGGGUUAAUGAAGAUUCAGGAUUAGGUUAUAAUCGAAAAACCAAACUUGAGAGCUUCGUGAACUCCUGAAUUAAUAAAUGAUACCAUGUGUUCUAGAAACCAGUCACAGCCACCAGGGAUUGAAAGACAAAAUAACCAAAAAACUUGUUAACAAUCUGAACUCCUCAGAAGAAAAGUGGGUACCGGGUGUUACAGAAGCUACAGGUAAAGGCAGAAAGACUAGAAAAAUUGUUAACUAUAUGAACUCCUCAAAAGAAAAGUGGUACCAAGUGUUACAGAACCCAGCAGCACAGUGGUUGAAUGACAACAUAACACAAACAUGACAGAAUUAAAUUCAAUUCAAUUUAGAAUCAAAAUUGAUUAAAGAUUCGAUAACGAGUUGGCAGUUCUCACUAUAAUAGUUAAAAACUAGAUAACGUAAAGGCAAUUUGCUGAAAAUUUCAUUCAAAUUGUCCACUAUGAACCAAGAACAAAGUGAUUUAAGUUCCGUCUAGCCUUGAUCAUCAUUACUAAAGUCAGUACGAUAAACAGCAUAGUUAAAUCGUGAAGGAAAGUUAUGCAGUAAAUCGUCUCACAAUCCACUAAAUAUCGCAGGCUAGCAAUGACAUCUAGAGUUGAUUAUGGUCUGGAUAGGUUAAUUAAUGUCUAAUUAAUAAUUUAGAUAACAUUUCAGGCCUAAAAAAAGACCUGCAAUAGACAGAUUUAGCUCUUGUAUAAUAUAUGUUUAAUAUAAAUCUUUUAUGAGUGGCUGUUUAAAAAUACAAACAUCUGUUAACCAUGUAAAUUAUCUGAAAUAAGCAAAUAACAAUCGGUGAAUUUAAAGAAGCUACAUCACUAUUCUUUGGCACCUAGAACUGGACACAAAUGGGUCGCAACGCAUAUAAUAAUGUAAUAUGAAUGUAUAUAAACUAAUUUACAUUCUAUCAUUUCUGUUUUUACUGUAAUUUCGAAUCAGUUAUGUUCGGUGGUCUUUGGCAUCUAGCCAUUCAGUAGUCAUCCCUUGUGGGAUAUGUUUAGCGUCGUUCAUCCAGUCGGUUCAUUACAAAUGGCAUUCAAACGCUGUCUGGCACGCAAAUCGUGUGGCAAGUUUAACAUUUUCACUGUGUCUUAAAUAUUGGAUACCGGAAGCCCAUCUUUUCACGGUAAGAUAACAACAUCAGUGUUGAUUUAAAUUGACCAAUAUGUUGUGGAUGAUACUGAGUUAAAGACUUACCUACUUUGAGCUAUGAAAAUUCUUGCUGUGAUACCUUAGAUGAGAGAUGACUGUAAAUACAGUACAUAGACAGUACAGACCAUACAAUUCAGAAAACAAAACUGUGAACAAAGAUAUAUAAUUGAUAUUUAUGAUCAUGCUACACUGAAAAAGUCCAAUAAGAUGCUUCUUUACUAAAACUAUUCACAUAUAAAGGAUAUAUAAAGAAUAUUUAUACUCUGUUCGGUUUGAUGGCGGAGUGUUGGGGUUUUUUUAUCAUUGAUUCAAAUGGUGUGAUUUUGACCCCAGUUUUGAUAGUUGAGAGAGGUUCCAUCUGUUGUUUUUUGAUCAUUGAUGCAAAUGGUGUGUUUUCGACCCCCAGGUUUGAUAGCUGAGAGGUUCAAUGUGUUGUUUUUUGAUCAUUGAUGUAAAUGGUGUGGUUUCGACCCCAGGGUUGAAUGUGCCUAAAUUCUAAUGGUCUGCAGGGUGUCUCCCAGCGCUUUAAAGAACCCCAUUCUGCACACAGAGAACUAUCUGCUCUACUUCGAGAAUAGAUCUCUGCCCUAAAUGGCCACCAUAUCCAACAAUUAGUAUACUGUUUACUCUGGUUCAAAUCUAUUAUACACAAAAAGAUUAAUUAAACUUUUUUAUACGCCCACAUUUUCAUGUGGACGUAUUAUGCCGUCGCCCCUGUCCGUCCGGACGUCCGUCCGUCCACAAUUGUUUGUGGACUCUCUACAGGUCACAAUUCUUAUCCGAUUUUGACGAAACUUGAAAUAUAGGUUAAUCCCCAAAAGAUCUCGGCUGGUUUCGAUAUUGUCAUGUAUUGGAUCGAAACUUGUAUUGUGGACCCUAUAGAGGUCACAACUUUUAUCCGAUUUUGUUGAAACUUGAAAUGUAAGUUUAUAACUCAAAGAUCUAGGUUCCUUUCGAUAUUUGCGCAUAUCGGACCGUAACUUCCUGAAUUAUGGCCCCUGAUUGUACGAAAAAUCGCAUUUUUAGCUUGUGGACCCUAUAGAGGUCUUAAUUUUUAUCCGAUUUAAAAAAACGUUUUAUUAUAUCACGUAAAAAUAUGGUAUAUCAAGGUUGUGGACCUUAUAAAGGUCACAAUUUUUAUCCGAUUUUGUUGAAACUUGAAAUGUAAGUUUAUAACCCAAAGAUCUCGGUUCCUUUCGAUAUUUGAGUUCAAAUUUCAAGAAAAUCGACCCAAAACUGACAGACCAAAUGGCCGCCCUUUGUUCUCAAAUAGCGUAAAAUAUGGUAUAUCAAGGCUGUGGAUCCUAUAGAGGUCACAAUUUUAAUCUGAUUUUGUUGAAACGUAAGUUUAUAACACAAAGAUCUCGGUUCCUUUCGAUAUUUGCGCAUAUCGAAUUGUAAUUUCCUGAAUUAUGGCCCUUGAUUGUAGGAAAAAUCACAUUCUUUUUAGCUUGUUCUCUAUCCAUCUCUCGAAAAUGUGGGCGUAUCCUGCCUGGCAGCCGCUGGUCAAUUUUAUUUAAUGAAAGCAGAAUAUAUACUUCUCAAAAUUUUUGAAAUAUACUUGUUGUUUUUUUUACUAAAAUCGUUAAUUUAGGAUUUAAAUUGUCAGCCAACUAGCUUAGUGUCUGUUGUCAAGCAGAGCUAAUUUUAUUAUGAAAAAUCCUGUAUGUUCUACUGGACCCUUAUGGCCGUCGGGAUUUAAUUUGAUUAGUUGAACAUAUUGUAUUUCUUGGUUUUAACAUACUAGAAAUUAGUGUUUUAAUGAAGUGUUACUUUUUUGGUGCUCCAACCUCGUAGAUUUUCUCCAGGUCCUCCUGUUUCCCCGCACUACUAAAGCUGCUUAUAAAAAUAAAAUUAACCAUAUUUUAGUCCCAAAAUGACAUAAUUUGUGUUGAGUGGAUGUUAAACCCAAUUUCUCUCUCUCUGUGUUUGGUCCUGAAUGGUGUAACACGUCUUUUGUCCUAAUUACCUCAAGACGUCUUUUGCAUUUUACACCCCUCUAAAUACGAAACAGGGGGUCACAGUGCCUAAGUGGGUGAGACGCUGGCUCGCUAGCCUGGAGGUCGGGUGUUCGACCCCUGCAUUGGCCGAGAAAGUUCAUCCAGAUUUUCCGGCGUGGUUCCCCCUUGUCAGUGAUGCAGAAUGGAGGGCCUGACAAGGACAGCUGUCUAGUCCAGUGAUGGGAUUUCAAAUUUUUCUUGUCAGACAUUUUUUCUGAAAAUAAAGGGGCAUAACUUGUAUCGUUAUUUAAGCAGGCGUUUUCAAACAAGUUUCCCUCAUAGCACACUGUAUGGCGUAUGCCCGCCUUCAUUAGCCCAGUUCGGAGUAGGACAUUAAACCCCAUUUCAUUUCAUUUCUAAAUACGAAACAGGAACGUGUUGAUCUCCUAAACAAAAAUGUUUUUAAAACCUGUUAUCUAUGAUUACUGCCCGAGAUGGUGGCUGUUGAUCACAGAGAAAUAUCCUCCCUCAAAAACUUGGAAAUAUUUUUGCAUGUCUCUAUAGUUAUCUCCCCUGCAUUGUUAUUAUCAUUCAAUACAGUGUGCUAUGAGGGUAGGGUGGCCAAAUGAUUAACCUGGGCAUGUUGCAUCAGGUCAUUGAGUUAAGUAGAGUGGUUUCGAUCGAUUCCCCGCUUAUAUGUAACAAGGAGUAAGGUCGCCUGUUCAGCCUGGUGGGUUUUCUUUGUAUCCUCCCACUGCUAAAGACCCCUUCUUGCAAGGGAAUUAUAGAAAUAAAAUUGAACCUAUGUUAGAUCUAAAUUGACCUAGUGUGUGCUGAGUGGAUGUUAAACCCCAUUUCUCUCUCUCUUGCGCUAUGAGGGAAAUUUUGAAUGGAUAGAGGCAUUACGGCCUACUCACAUAUCAAGGGACCUUUUAUGUGCAGGCCAACGUGUACUCGACAGAACAUCGUUUUUUUAUCCCAUCCGAAUGACUACCGUAUAUGUUGUCCCUUGCCAGGCCCUCCAUCUUGCAUCACUGACAAGGGGGAACCACCCCGGUAAAAUCCUGAUGAACUUUCUUAGUCAACACAAGGUUCGAACACAGGACCUCCAAGCGAGCAAGCCUGUCUUACUGAGUCACAGAUCACAAUUUUAGGGAAUACAAUUACAUUGCUUGAUGAAGUCUAGAAGAGCCUAGUCGAAACAUUCCAUAACAGAGAUAGAGAGAGAGAAAUGGGGUUUAACGUCCACUCGACACAAACUAGGUCAUUUCGGGACUAACAUAUGGUUUAAUUUUAUUUCAAUAAUUCGCUUGUGCAUAGGGGUCUUUAGCAGUGGGAGGAAACCGGAGGAUCCGGAGAAAACCCACAAAGGAUGGACAGACGACCCUACUCCUUGUCACGUACAACCGGGGAUUCGAAACCACGCCAGUCGACUCAAUGACAGACUUUAUGAUACAGCGUGCACGCUAACCAUUCGGCCAUCCAACCCCCCCAUAACAAACAGUAAUGGUAAUGUACUUGAUGAAGUCUAGAGAAGCCUAGUCAAAGAGUUGCUCAGUAAUAAAGAGAAGUUAAUAUUUUACAAUAUUUUAGAACCAACAUCGA